GGUAUUUAUAAGGUGAUUGAUAUUGAUGUAGCCACAUGUUUCUCUCUCAAGCACAGUUAGUUUGGUAUUAUUGAUUCUCACAUUUUAAGUUUCUUGCAUUCUUUCUUCCGUUUUCUUGACAUUUGACACUUUGAAGAAAGAAACAGAAAAAUGCAGUCAAGCCCUUUGCUUCUUGAGGAACCCAUUAGGAUGGCUUCUAUCUUAGAGCCAUCCAAACCUAGUUUCUUUCCGGCUAUGACAAAAAUUAUAGGGACACUUGGUUCAGAGUCACGAUCUGUUGAUAUAAUUACCCGAUGUCUUCAUGCAGGAAUGUCUGUGGCAAGGUUUGAUUUCUCAUGGGGGGAUCCAAAAUACCACCAAGAAACAUUGGAAAAUUUAAGGGCUGCUAUCAAAAGCUCAAACAAACUCUGCGCGGUUAUGCUAGAUACUGUGGGUCCAGAAUUACAAGUUGUCAAUACAACCGAUCGCCCAAUUACUCUUGAAGAAGACACAUUCCUUGUUUUAACUCCGGAUCAAACCAAAGAAGCUACUUCAAAUCUAUUACCAGUCAAUUUUAGCGGGCUAGCAAAGGAUGUGAAGAAGGGUGAUACUAUUUUUAUCGGUAAAUACUUGUUCACAGGAAGUGAAACAACUUCUGUAUGGCUCGAGGUCAAUGAGGUGGAUGGCGAAGAUGUAUCUUGUCUUAUAAAAAACAGCGCUACACUUUCUGGAUCACUGUAUACUCUACAUGUCUCUCAAAUUCGUAUUGAUCUUCCUACUCUUACGGAUAAGGAUAAAGAGGUAAUACGUACAUGGGGUGUUAAAAACAAAAUUGACUUCCUCGCCUUAUACACCCGGCACGCUGAAGAUGUUCGCCAUGCCCGUGAGUUUAUCUCCACAUUCGAAGGCCUCAAGCAGACACAUAUUUUUGCAAAGAUUGAAAAUAUAGAGGGAUUGAAUCAUUUUGAUGAGAUACUGAGAGAAGCCGAUGGUGUCAUCAUCUCUCGCGGAAAUUUAGGGAUAGAUCUCCCACCUGAGAAGGUGUUUUUAUUCCAAAAAGCUGCUAUUUAUAAGUGUAACAUGGCCGGAAAGCCGGUUGUUGUCACACGUGUGGUAGAUUCUAUGACUAAUAAUCUGAGACCAACUCGUGCUGAAGCAACCGAUGUUGCCAAUGCAGUGUUGGAUGGCAGUGAUGCAAUUCUCCUUGGGGCUGAGACUUUAACAGGAUUAUACCCUGUAGAAACCAUUUCUAUAGUUGGAAAAAUUUGUGCUGAAGCAGAGAAAGUUUACAAUCAAGAUUUGUAUUUUAAGAAGACUGUCAAGCACGUGGGAGAGCCAAUGAGCCACUUAGAAUCAAUAGCAUCCUCUGCGGUUCGCGCGGCCAUCAAGGUUAAAGCUUCUGUUAUCAUUUGCUUCACCUCAUCUGGAAGGGCUGCAAGGUUGCUUGCUAAGUACAGACCAACCAUGCCAGUGAUAUCUGUUGUUAUUCCUCAAUUGAAGACAAAUCAGCUCCGGUGGACAUUCACAGGUGCUUUUCAGGCUAGGCAAUCUCUUAUCGUGAGAGGUCUUUUCCCUAUGCUGGCGGAUCCUCGACACCCUGCUGAGUUUAAUAGUGGAACAAAUGAAUCAAUUUUGAAGGCUGCUUUAGACCAUGGCAAGGCUUUUGGCAUCAUAAAACCACAUGAUAGAAUUGUUAUUUGCCAGAAAGUUGGUGACUCAUCAGUUGUGAAGAUUAUUGAGCUUGAUGAUUAGAAAUUUUGUGGUCUCACCCAUUUUGCUAAUUUGAGUCAUGUAAUAGAGUUGUACUAGUUGUUGGGUAAUAAAAUGGCUGUGUAGCUUCUUCUCCUUUGUUUGUUUGAGUGUUUUAAGAGGCAACUAUAGAUUUGAGCUAUAAUGGUAUGAUAAUUGAAAAAUAUUAUAUAAAUUUUGUUCCUAAAAUUAUAAAAUUAUGCUUUACUACCUUUCA